AUGAAGGUUUCGUGCUGUCCGAAUUCAUCCGCCAUUUUGAGCCCGCCAUCCAAGGAGAGGAGGAGCCCCGGGCGAACAGGCAAAAGAGGUCCCCGGGCCCCUUCAGGAUACAUCUCACCACCCAGCACAGAUGCCACAAUUGACCUUUACGUUUUAGAGUGGGAUCCGGUUAAUUGUUACCGGCUGUAUGAAGGAGUUGCUAACACUCAAAUCCAAUCAGACAGCGCACAAUAUCCUGUCGGAUCUCCCGCUAAUACUCAAUCAGACAGAACAGUAUACCCAAUCAGACAGAACACUGUGAGGAGAUCCCCAUCACGACAUGGACACCUCGUUUACAUGACCAAUUAUAGGACAGCUCUUAAAUCGUGCGCCAGAAAGGGCCAAUCGUGUUACACGGUACAGGAGCGAGUUGAUUAA